CCUAUAUAAGGGCGAACUUUAUUCUAACAACAAUGUAUUUUAUCUGCACAUCUUCACGAGAUCAUUAUCUUUGCAUCAACCUAUUUUCCUGGAACUUUGGAAAGUUAUCUCUUGAGUCAAAAUGAAGCCAAUGAUGAUCACCCUGUGCGUGUUGCUCUGUGUAAUGCUGAUAACCGUCGAAGGCCGGCGACACAAGCGGUCAAGCAGUUCGAGCAGUAGCGAAGAAAGCACCGGAACAGAAACAGGUACGGGUACAGGAACGGGAACUGGUACAGGUACCGGUACAGGAACUGGUACUGGCACAGGUACCGGUACAGGAACCGGUACUGGCACAGGUACCGGUACAGGGACUGGCACAGGCACCGGCACAGGAGCAGGUACAGGAACUGGAACUGGGGCGGGCGCUGGAAUUCCAGUUGUUGCCACUACGCCAGCAGCGACAGCUACAUCACCACAAGCACCUUAGCGGAGUAGUGACUCUCAAAGCAAUUCACCUUUCACCCGUGAAAUUGUUUUUUUUAUUCAAUCAUGCUAACUUGUAUUUAUUUAUUGCAACAUGAUUUUUGGAACAGGAGUCAAUAGGACAAACAGAGUGCCUAUCAAUGUACUUAUCAACAAUAAAAAAUGCAAAACCAAGUAUUAAAGGUCAAGUCCAUCCCAGAAAAAUGUUGAUUUGAAUAAUAAAG